GUAUAAUUUGAAAGUAUGACACUGCCCAUGUCAUUCCAUUGCCAUAAUGUCAUGAACAGCCUCUAUUUCUACAGUUUUUCCUUCUACUCAUCUCCUCCCCGUCUCUCCACCCUCUUGCUUUGGAGUAAUUUAUCUGCAAUUUCAUCACUGAACAGAUCAAGAAUUUCUGAAUAAAGCAAAAUACAAUGUCUCCAAUGUCCCAGUCAGGCACACAUCUUCCAACUUGUGAUCCACCUCAAAACUCUUCUCCCUCAAACUCUGUCCCCGAUCCUGGCAAGGUGAUAGGUGCACUCAUUGACCAUGGAUCGGAACUUUUGGCUGAAGACUGCGGUCUCCCUAUUGUUAUGAAUUCUGCAAGUCUCGGUGAAUUACUUUGUUUCAAGUACUGUCUUGAGAAGGAUUUGCUCCAAGUUGACCCCACCAGCUUCUCUAUCGAUGAGGAAUCUUCUCCUAAGUUUGCACAAUAUUAUUACUCGUUGUGCUGCCAAGGUCGAGUUGCGGGAAAUACCCUGUUGUUGCUCAAUUGAAGUUGCAAAGUUUUGUGCAAUAAUCUGCAUAAUGAUGUGCUGUUGGAGAAAUUGUAUGAGAAUGAGUUUAAGGCUCUCCAUGCCUGCAUUGAGUUGGAAGAAAUGGACAAAGAGUUUUCUUCCUAUCCUGCUUUGAUGAGAGCUUUGGUGCCAUUAUUGUUUUAGGCUACACAAGAGUUGGAUGAAGCAGAAUCUUGGUUCCAAAGACUAUCCAAAGUUUGGGAACUGAUACCCUCGGAAUCAAUCAUUACUCUUCUA